GAUGCUUGGGGGGGGCCUCUGGAUUCCAGAGCUUCCUCCGGAGCCGGGUGGGCAUUGUGGAGUCAUCCCCCACGUUUCCUUGGCAACCUAACCCGAGGGGGCGGCUGAGGGCACACAUUUCCCUGAAAGCCACGGAGGGACGCAUGUCUUUUGGUGUCCUGGAGGCCACCGCAGAGGCGCACGGCCAGUGGCUACCCAAACCGUCCGCCCCGGGGCAGCCCAUGGCGGAGGAGCUGCGCCCCCGGCGCGGUGGCGCACAGCACGAGCUGCUGGAGAAGGUGACGCGCCUGCAGCGGGGCGCGCGACACCCGGAGCCCGAGGCGGCGACGCGCAGGGCGACGGGCAGCGGCGGCUCGGGCUCGGGCUUCUGGUGCUGGCGGCGGCUGUUCGCGCGCGGAGCCCGCGGGGCGCGCCGGAGGAAGAGCAAGUUCGCGCGGCCCGGCUCGGCCGCGGCCCCGGAGCGCGGCGCCUGGGGACCGCCCGGCCUGCAGAGGCUGCUGCACAAGCUGGCGACGUGGCGGCGGCGCUACCUGCGGCGAGGCGAGCGCCCCGAGGGCCUGGAGGAGAUCCCGCUGCUGGUGCUGGACCGCGCGCGGGCCGCCGAGUAGGGGCGCCGCGCCCCGCCCCCUCCCGCCCCGCCCCCUCCCGCCCCGCCCCCUCCGCCCCGGCCUGGCCCGGCUCGGCCCCGCGUCGGUUAGGUUUUGUAAACGAGAGCGAGAAAUGAAAAAUAAACUCCGCACUGGAUGAAGGCAAAGCGCGCGGGGUUGGAGGGGGUGUCUCUCCCGCGGGGACCGAGCUCAAAAUCCCAGGCGCCGCGGCGCGGACGGCAGGUUUGUUUGAGCGCGUUGGGGAAGUCACUCGGAGCGGGACACCACGGCCUUGACACUCCCCUACCCCUGAGCCUGGUCGGUGUAGAACUGCGUCGCCGUCCUUGCUUGUAUUUGUUGUUUAUAAAUGCACGUGUUGAGCGAGCCCUGCUUUUUAAGUUUCAUUGUUUAGGGCCCUAGGGACCGCUGUGCGGGUGAAAGGCGCCUGCGGUGCAAACCUGGGAUUCAAUCCCCUGAACCCAUGUCAAGGUGGAGGGGGAGAAUCAACUCCACAGAGCUGUCUUCUGACCGCCGCAAUAGUAAUCUAGGUAAAAAUCAUCGUUCUUUCACAGUUUCAUAUACACGCGCGCGCGCGCGCACACACACACACACACACACGUACCUCGUACCUUAAUCAUAUCUCCAACCUUUGCCCUCUCGUUCUCCCUCUACCUCUCUGGAAUCCUUCCUUUUCCCCAAGUCCGUCUCAUGCUAAGCCCUGUUUUCACCUGUAUGGAUUAUGAGCCGGUAAAGCCAACAUUAGAAGCAGGACUGGCAGGUGUGUGCGAGAGAACUGAGAGAGAGAAAUGAAAGGGAGCGGCCACCCAGAGACCCCUUGGGGGUGGGGUGACCUUUGACUCCUCUUCCUCCAUAAAAACUUGCUAACGCUACUCACCUGUCAGGAUG